GGUUGCCGCUUUGCUUCACAGCUUUGAUGGGUACAUUUUGCUUCGGUGUGUUGUGUGUGUCGACAGUAAAGAAGCAGAAGGCGCACACAGGAGGAGGCGAAUGAAACUCCGCACAUACAACGACCACGGCGACGACGGAGAAGAAGAAAAACUAGCGAGCUCGCAGCUCUGAACAUACUGUGGCACGAGAAAAAGACAUUUUUUCGUUUGAAUCCGCCUAGUUUCCUUAAGUUUUGUAGCAAACCAAGCUAGUGGAAGUGUAGUUCCGGUGAAGUUUUGUUAUAGUGCGCGGUGUGGAACAUUUUUCGAGCAGGAUAAUUGGAACUCAAAUCGAAGCAGCAUCGACAGUAAAAGGCUUCGAGCAAAAAAAAAAGAAGAAAUCGGUACACAUACUGGGAAGAAGAAAAGCGGCCAGAGUGAAUGUGAAUUUGGAAGAGAUUCGAGGAGCCUCGAUUCAAGAACGGAGAAAAAAUAUUUUCUCAAGAACAGCCCGUGAUGGGCCGGGAACGGGAAACGGCUGCUACCCAAGAUUUUGUCUUGUGAUGGCGGAUGAUCUCUGCUCAUGAAUGGAUUAAUUAUGGUUGGAAGGUUUUCCAUGGGUGAAACUCGAACGACUGUUAUCAGCAGGUGGGUAUUGGGUAAUUUUCUCGGUGGAAUUCGGUCCUCUCCUAAUGCCCUUUUGCUACCGUAUGUGCCAACGAAAAAUCUUCAACAUGUGUGCCCAAUGUAAAUUGAAAAAAUGUGUGUAAUAGGGUUCUUUUUAACAAAAUUUUGGCAGAAAAUCACUUCCAAAUCUUGCUAGUAAAAGCUGCCUAGAAAUAGUAGAAAAGUGAAUCAUCCCCACCCGGCCUAGUGAUAAAUUUUGUGGUUUGCCAAGCCUAUCAACAGACAAUGAUGAUUUGUGGCUGUGAAACUGAAGGGAAAAAUUAUCAGGGCUUUCUAAAUUAACUACUAUUGUAGAACGAUUAGUGGAAACGAAAUACUAAGCCUAUUUUGGUAGUGUGUUCCUCGAAGGCAGAAGAAAAUGGUGACGAACGUCUGAAAAACAUCGAGUGUGGAAACCAUUAAAAACACACGAAGGGAAGUGAAACACAAAAAAGGCUGCCGAGCUAGCAGAAGAAAAGUUGACAGAUUGCGAGUGUAUGUGCGUUGGUGUAAGUGUGACGGUGUAUGUGCGCGCGAUGAUAUAGGGUUUACUGUUGGGGAGAAUCGAUUUUUCCCUCGACGACUACGACGACGUUGGAGUAGGCCUAUCUCACAGCUAUUCUCCCUUCAAUGGGGGAAACCUUCGGCUGGAAGGAUCUAGUGUGGAGGGAAAGGAGACAGGAAGUGUGAAACGGAAAUACACCGGAGCUGGUGGAAGGAAAACAAAAAUUCAUCAAUCGAACACGUACGCAUACCGAACCAUACAGAUGUGACCCCAUCCUUGCUGUAACAUCAUGUAGAUUAAUAGGCGAUAGCUCACGCAUUCGCAGUAUCGCCUCGCGUAUGCUGUCCAGAAGCAAAUGUCGAUGGCAAUCUGUGUAUUCAAAUUUCCAACAUAAUCAGUGCAGACAUCAGCAAGAUUCAAUAAUCCAAUAUGACACUCGGUUGACUCCAGACAGCAGCACUCUGCGGCCCAUAAGCUGAGGAAUCAAGUAGCAGUCAAAAUAAUUAAUUGAUAAUGUCCUCUUCCAGUGAAAAUUAUUGCCGCGGCAAGGCGAUUCACAGUGAGAGCGAGAGCUAAUGAAUAAAACGAACAUCAAUAAGAAAAACAACGAACAUAACUCGAGUCGGACAUUCCACGGCGGAAAAAGAGGAAAAAAAGGCGAGCGACACUCACACCAGCAGAAGACACACACGGUUGUGAUCUCGAGCUGGAGCACAACAAAUUAAAGGUAUUACUGAAGUGCGAAAGAGAGAGAACGAGAGACUUUGGAAUCCUACACACAUUCUCAACCUUUUUGCCUGCCACAUAUCUUGUAACCGACUGAUCAAAGCCGACUUAAGCCCCGUUCCGAUUCGGUCCUAGGACCAUGUAUAUUAUCAACCCAACUAGCGGCAAGGAGAUCCCGAACAGCUACCCAACUAGUUCUAGCACCGGAAGUAACUCCUCCACCAGCAGCGGCAGCAGCAGUAUCAACAAUGCUAGCUCCCAUCAGCAGGAAAUUAUCAGCAAAAUCCUGACAAAAUGUGCCACGAUGACCGAUGAAGCGGCCGCCAGUGGUACAUCCGUAGCUGCCACUGUCAAUGGUACCGCGACGAUACUACUCUCUCCAGCGCACCAUCAUUCCCAUAAUCAGCCGCUUCCAGCCGGAGUUUCGCCCCAAUCGUCUCCGGCUUCAUCAUCCUCCAGCGCAUCCUCACCAACUGCUGAUGGUCCCCAACUGCACACCAGUUUCGGUGCAUCGGGUCGUGAAAAAGUUCCACCCACUGGCAAAACCAGCGGUACUGCAACCGGCGGAUCAUCCAACGGCACAACAGCCGGAGUGAUAGGAUCAAAUUUCGGCGACGAUGGCGGCGGUACGAAGCACGCGCACAGCAGCGGUAAGGUCAACGGCAAUGGGACUUUGCCGGCCUCGAUCAGCGCCACCAACGCUUCCGGUGGCAGGUUGCAGUUUUUCAAAGAUGGUAAAUUCAUCCUGGAGCUGGCACGUGCUCGCGAAGGCGAAAAAACCAGCUGGAUCUCGGUUCCUCGCAAAACGUUCUGGCCACCCACGGUUAGCUCUACCAGUGCCAACUUUCACAAGCACGAAAGCUCGACCUCACUCAGCUUUUCCGAUGAUAACAGCUCGAUUCAGUCGUCACCAUGGCAGCGGGACCACUGCUGGAAGCAACCCAAUCCACGUUCGAACAUUUCCAAGGAAAUGUCCCUGUACUAUCACCGGCCGAGCUGUGUUCGGUUCAAACUUUCGCGUGAUUUGUUAAAGCGUUUACGACUGAAGCGACGAAGGCCGUACGAGCAAUCAGUAGGGGGAGGAGGCGUAGUUACACUGAACUAUGAGAUUAUUAGGGAUAGACAAUCGCCUCCGGAAACGGAGGACGACGCAAUGGAUCUGAAGGUGAACGGUAAAACAACCGAAGUGACGAGUGAUGAGGAUGAGAAUAAGAGUCGUACAGCAAACGAGGCGGGCGUUGAGAAUGGAACGAAAGAUUUCAACAUUAGAAAGUUUAGGGGAAUACUGAAACGAAGGAAGGAAUUGGAUUCCAUAGUUCAACAGCUGAAGGUUCGAGUGGCUGCAAAUACAAAUAGCACUCCACGAAUUUCGUCUGCUGGAAUCAGGGCAGUGUUCAGCUCGUCGCACCAACAACACGUUUCGCCACGGAAAAGAAUACUCAGAGAAUUGGAGAAGGUCUCCUUAGAGGACAGUAGUACUAUGAAGAGAUCUCGCCCUAAACCUGGUAGUAAUAGCACUGUGAUCACGGCGACAACCGCGACGCCACUUGCUCCAGUGACCAGCAACGGAACCGGGGGCUGUGGUAGCAGCAACGGUAGUAACAGCAGCAGUAGUAGUAACAAUAGUAAUAGCAAUGGCAAGCUGACUAAUGGAAUGUCGGCAAUGUCGACAGCGGAACCACGCACACCAUUGAUUCCAACGACGCCGGUUUCGCGGCCUAUUAGUAGCUACAGUAUAACCUCGCUACUAGGACACAAUUCAUCGUCCAGCGAAAGCAGCAGUGGACGCUCAAAGCAGGAAACAAACACCACAACUAGUCAUCAUCCGUACCAACAACACCAUCCGCACUCUUCCCACUAUCAGUAUCUCGGAAAGGACGUUAUAACCUCACCGAAGUCCCCCUCCGAUGCACAUCUAAGUCAGAGGUACUUUGGUAAGAAAAAGUCACCAAGUUACGGCACCCAGAGCGCAGCAUCGGUAGCUUCUCCGAGCUCUGCAACAGAAUUUGGAGCUGGCUAUGGGAUGGUUCGAUCGCCAGAUCUCAGUCCUAGCCCGGAACAUCAAAACCACAGCUUCACGCGCUAUCGCCAGCACCCUUACAGUAUGCAUCCUACUGUCUCAUCUCCCAGUAGCUAUUCAAAUGUUUCUCGAUGUUCGCCAUCGCCCAGUACGAAUGAUUCGGCUAGUUCUCCAUACAGUGGAAAGUAUCGAACGGCUUAUAUUGCAUCCAGUGGUUCCCCUCCUUCUUCCGUUGCCAAUGUGUCUACAGCUCAUUCCCCGCAACACUAUUCGAGACACUCUCCGUUGAAUUUUGCUCGAUCGCCACCGCCGUCGCAUCAACCGAGUUAUCCAUCAACCAACAGCCUGCGGAGUACCGUAAAAGAUUCCUCGUCAUCACCACGAGCAUCUCCCAGCGUAGAGCCUGUCAGAGUUCCCGCAACAACUCCUACUUCUUCUAAUUCAACUACUCCAAGCAUUCGAACUGUUCCAAAGAAAACGGCAGCUCUACGACAACAAUUUGGUUCUCCCUCUUCUUCGCCGUCUACGGUUGAUCCUACAAAGCGAGAGCGUUCAAACUCUAAUGCAUCCUCAACAUCCUCCGAAGUUAGUCGGGCAGCUCAUUUCAAAAAAGAAUUAGACUAUGCCGAACGGACAUCGGCUUCCGAUGUGGUCGAUGGCCAUUAUCCUCCCACCGCUGCAGUAUCCCAAAUGAACCCAGUGAUUCGUCCCAACACGGUAAUCGCAUCACCUACUCCCCACCAUCCAGUACCGAACCCAUUUUACAUGUACCCGCCGCAGAUAGCCGCAUCGCUAAUUGCUGCCCAGCAGUCCAGUGCUGUACCCUUUUUACCGGCAUCGCCGCUCACAUCGUACUAUCAGCACAUGUACAACCAGGCAGCCGUGGCAGCGGCUUAUCGAAAUCCACUCUGGAUGCACUAUCAGGGCCUCUCGCCACAUGCAGCUGCCGCAGCGGUAGCCGCUACAGCAGUAUCUCCGCCUAGCGGUGCACCUUCCCCGUUAGUACCGACAUCUUCUGCUGGCACUAACAAUCGAGACGCACAACAACGAGAUUCCAGUCGAAUACAUUCCGUCGCAAACACCAACAACAAUAACAACAACAAUAGUAGUAGCAGUUCUUCCCCAUCACCCGCAGCUUCCGCAUUGAACUACAGUGCCUCGGUGCUCGCAUCUUCCCACCAUGCGGCUGCUCAGCUUCAUCAUCCUCAACCGCAUCAUCUGCAGCAUGGACAUCAUCCUAGGCUUUCACCGGCAUCGCCGUGGAGAGUACCUCCGUCUACGGCGUCGUCAUCGUCAUCGUUGUCAUCGUUGCAUGAUCUGACUGUUGGAGCGGCUUCCGUUUCACCAUCCAGCUCGACGGUUGGCAUGAAGGAAGAUCCCGGAACAGAUGUCCCCCUCAACCUGUCGAAACACUGAGUGCGCCACUAGGAGAACGUAGCGUUGAUCGCUGUUGCACUGAUGAUGAAGAUUAUGAUUGUAGUGCUGAUAAUCAAGAUCGGAACACUGCGCUGACAUCUAAUCAAGGAACAGUUUCCAGUUGAUAGUAAAACAUCCAUAAUCGUACCAGAAAAUCAGUAGAUAGCAGAAGGCACAAUGAAUUUAAAUAAUACGCCUAGCGUACCGUCAUCGCACAUUCGUGUCUGUUGUGUGUAUGUUGUCAGUGUGAUUUUUGGCUGAAUCACCAAAAAAUCUUUUCGGAAGCCGUUUGUGUAUAUUAGAAACAAGAAAACGCGAAAAACAGUAAAACUAGCCGUAUGCUUUUCAGUGUUGGUGUGAUUCCGCAUAAAUAUGCCUAAUGUUUUAAGAGUACAUAUACAUAAAUAUAUAUAUGAAAAAAGAGAACAAGAGACACUGUAUCGACAGUGGAGGGUCCAGACUACAAAACAAAGAGACAAACGAAAACCCAAGGUUUUUACUAUUUUUUCCGAAGAUAAAGAAACAAAACAAGAAGAAAGCUAUUUUUGCUAAGGAUUUGUAAGAAAUUAUUAAAAGAGGAAAUUAUAUACAUGUAACAUAUAUACACUCAUCUACAUAUACACGUACAGAAAUAUUUUAUAUACAAGAGGAAUCACUUUACAGGCGUAUUGCAGAGGAAAAUUUCCUUAUUCGGUUUUUUGCUCGGUACAUUUUAGUACUGAAUAAUUUUUCGAAACUGUUUGAAAAGAAAUACAUGUAACCGAAAAAAAAGGAAAGAAUACGAGUCAAUUACAGGAUUCGUGCCCAUGCAGUUCUCAAAUAACGAACACUACUCAUCUAUAAAAUGACGUGUCUCGCCAUCAGCGGUGGACACGUAAAUGAGUACACUUCAGCUGUUCCUUCCCGAAACGGUAGGUUGCAACAAGCUCGGGCUAUCAUUAAUGUAUUAUUUCAAUGCAAUGUCCUAACGGUUCGUACUCUAUCUUUCUUUCCUUCCUUCAUAUUUCGCUCUGGUUUGGCUAGUGCCCGCAAACACUAACCUAUUCAGAAAAGAUAAGUGAACGAAUCUCAACCUCUCACCAAUUAGAGUUUGUGUUUAAGAAUUGUCAUAACUGGAUAUGUAAUGUGUAUAUUAUAUUAUAGACUGAAACUAUUACUAUUAGAGAGUUGUGUAAUCUAAGUGGGAUCGAGUAAGCUUAAGUAUGCAUGUGGAAGAAGAAGUACAAGAGAGAAAAAGAGAGAGAGAGGGCUAGGAUGAAUCUACCAAAUGUUUGCUCCGAACAUCCAGGGGCAGUAACAAACAAAAUACCAGAAUAUGUACACUAUUGUACCCGUUAGAAGAAAACGGUGAGAAAUCAAACUAUCAAAAUCCAAAAUAAACACAACCAGCCAAUCAAAUACAAAGUGGUGCGGAAAUGAAAUCUAAAUUGUAGCGCAACAAAGAGGAGAUAUUUUUAUACAUCGAUAAACGAACAAAUUUUUCGGCGAAGCACAGUUUUUACAGAUGUUCGAAUAGGGCGUUAUACUGAAUCUACGAAGAAGAAAAAUCGAAAGUAUCUAGAACAAACAAACACAAGUCAAACAAAACAAGAACAAGUGUGCCUUUAAAAACAACAAAAAACAACUACACUAAUUGAACCAAAAACGUACUACAAUUACAACGGUUAAAGAUAAGAAACGAAAACAAAUAAAAUUCUAGAGCAGACUAAAAAACAAACAAACUUAAAGACAGUUAACCCAUAGUACGAACACAAACUAAAUCUAAUAGAGGUGAGGUUUAAGAAUGCUAGCAUAACUUUCGAUUAUUAUAUCACCCUGCAGCGUCAUCGUUGUGUAUUUGUUUAUGCUUGUUUAUUCUAAUGCUUACUAAAUGGUGGAAACCGUUGCAGCAAGAGCUUCCCAGUGCUGAAAGUAAUUAUUUGGCCAAAAUUUCACUGGUCUUUUUGGCUCGAGUGUGAGACAGUGAAUGACUGAAUCGUAGACAUGUGCUAAACACAACUUUUAUCGUAAAAAAUGAGAAAAAAGUAACAGAUUUUGACAGCUUCGGUACCGAAUAAGGUAGAAGGGUUUACUUCUUUUAAUUAUUUGUGGCAUGCGUUGUCAAAGUAUGGUUUUUCGCUGGCGUUUCUUCAUUAUUAAUUAUAAGGAGAAAAAGCCAUUACAUUUCAUUUUCUCAUUAAAUUAGGAGAUCCAACUCACUUCGUGCCAUUCAGGUAUGAAAGGGUAUUCGUCUUUUUUUACAAGAAAUGAGCAGCUUCCAAAAUAUGAUAAAAGCUUAUUCGUGCUUAUGUAGAACAUUCCAAUCAAAAAUACAUCGUAAGCAGGGAUGACCUUUUUUCAUUAUAUAGUGGAAAUAUUCGAGGGAUCUAAUGCAACAUAACAUGACCGAAAUUGAUAUGCUGUUUCAAGAGCAACCGACCUAAAAACGUCAUUCAGUUUGAUGGUAUUCACAUUCCUGUUUUUUAUUGCUGGUAUUUAUUGUCUAUAACCGCUAUUCAGUCACACAUGGAUAGAGAAUGCCAUAGAACGUGGGAGAAAUGUGUGAUUAUGGGUGGUUUAGAAAUGGUCUUUAAUGAAAGUACAUUGUUACAUUGAACGUUUAAAACUUUAUAAUUUAAAUAAAAAAUGAUUGAUUGUACCAUACCCCAUUUGGCAUAAGGGUCAUUUGACGUAAUAGCUGUUUUGCAUAUCGAUUACAAAUUUCCCUGUGGAGAGGCCGCCACAUUGACCAGAAAUGCCUAGUGACGAUUAUAUCGAAUGACUUAUGCAAAACGGCCUUAUGCGAAAUACUGUUAUGUCAAACCUUUUUGCGUAUUCUGCACAAACUGUGAAGUAAGACGAGAAAUCUCACGUCACUCCUCUUGGUUUUCUUUGUCCAAUGUCGAGAGAUUUUCUACUACCAUUAAAUGGUCUCUCACGUCGCGAUCAUUAAGAUUUGAGUUAGGAAAGUAGUGAUUUGAGAUUUGUCGUCUCACGUCAUACGCCAUGCCAAAUUCGCGGUUUUUAACCCUGCUGCUGUCGUUUGCGAGCCAACCGUGUCUAUGCUUACGAAUUGACCCAUCGGUUUAACUGCGAAUGACAUCACCAAGGUUCUUUAUCCAUUUAUCAGUUCUACUUUUGUUUAUUGAAGCUUGGUUCAAAAUUCUUUCAAUGCAUAUAACCAUUCACUCGACACUCUCUCACACUGAUUUUUUUUUCGAGUUAAUUCACCCAAUCGCUAACGAAAGGUGCCAAAACAUUUUUGACUCUACAAAAAAAAAACAACGAAAUAAAACUUCAUUCCAGCAUCGGCAUGCAAGCAUAAAUCAUAAACAUAGAUCAAACAAGCGGUUCAAAAAGCAUUCAAAAGAUUUCAACCGAAACAAAAACAACAGCAACUGUACAAUUUCCGACAAUUUUUUACGCACACUGAUACAUUCCAAUGAAAACUGAAAAGUUCUCACGCAAACUAAAUAGCAGAAAUGAGCAUUUAUACAUUACAACAGAACGUAGCCACACCGAUUUAGAUAUGCUGUACACUUCCGGGAACAAAAUCGUAAGCAGCUCGCACAUUCGUAGUAGGAACGAGGAAAGAGACCGCACAAGGUCUAUGUCGUCUAUGUUGUUUCCUCUAUCAAAAUUCAUUAGUUAUUUUAUAGACCGUCAUAAAAAAGAUGUAUUUUUCUCUUUGAGAGCAAAAUCUGUAUAAAGUUGUUUUCUUUUUUAUAUAUAUGAAGUGGUAAUUUAUUUAAUUUAUUUUCGCUAUGAAAUCAAAAAAAAAAUACUGUAGAACCAAACAAAACAAAAAAAGAUGAAGAGAACUCAAAUUCAAAAUUCGGAUGUUGCACAUAUUAUGUUUACGCAAAACUGAUACCCACCACUACCGGUAGGACGGUAAACAAUAACUCUUGUACAUUAUUUUCCCUAGCUUUUCUACGAACACAGCAUGGUUUCUCAGCUUAUAGCGUAUGGCAGAGAUGGAUACCAUCGCUGUGUUGGUAUGGGCUUUUAUGUUAGGUUCAACCAAAAUCCAGUCGUAGUUGGAACGCGUGGCGCUAAAGACAAAUUAAGCACUGUGUAUAAACAUUUGUUAGUGUUAGGUAACCACACAAAACUGCAAGAUUUCUUUGUAAAAAAUAAAAGUAUGGUACGUAAUGUGUUGCAUUGAAUAAACCACCUACACACACAGAACUCCCGUAAAUAUAUGUUUGAAUGAUAAACUCGUACGCCUAUAUGAUUACGUCUGUAUUUGGUUUUGAGCGAACGAUUUACAGUAUGCGUUUUUUUCCUUUCGAGUGAUCGGAACGCACGCUUUGAUUAUUCGAAAAUACGCGCAAAACGACAAAGCUGGUACAGGCAAAAUGCAAAAGUCUUUCCGAAUACUGCAACCUCAAUUUACAAUCUAAUCAUUAAUCUUUAAUGUUUUUCAUUCAUUGAUAACCGCAACUAAGUAACCGACUAACACACAAACAUAUAUAAAACUACUUUUUGUACCACACAAAUACAACAAUAUUGAUAUACCAACUGGUAAUUAGUUCUAAAAAUUAGUCAGCUUCUUUACUACUACUCUAUCUCAUGGAUUUUUACACAACCAUUCGGAAACUUGCGCAUUUUGGAGUAACUCAAACAAAAGACAUGAAUCGAAUAAUAAGAGAGAAUCGAAGACGUUUUUUUUAAUUCUAAUCAAAGUCGUAUGGAUACAAACAAAAAUAUAACUUUUAUGUACAUUUGUUUCAAAUAAGCCUCUACAUUUAUAUAACCCCAUCGUCAAGACAUGAGUUGAAAACUAUAGGAUUUCAUUAGGUAUUUUUUGAGGUUUAAGUUAUUGUAUUACUAGAUAUUUUUUGUUUAGCUAUCCAUCUGUAGGCACUACUGGAAAAGAUUAUAUUUUAUAUUAUUAUGCUAAACUGAGAUCGAAAAGAAAACACGAACGAAAUGAAACAUGAUGGAUUUGCUGAGUUUACGGGGGGCGCAAUUUUCAUUCCUCGGCGUAGUUUUAUUUAUGUAAAGAGAAUAGUUUUUGCGUAUUAUUACGAAACACAUGUGAAGAAUCAAACUGAAAAUUAAACUAUAAACACAGAAAAACGAAAAACAAUCUAAGAAAUAGUAGCUGUACAGUAUUUUUCAUAUAAAUAUAUUUUAUUACUCGUAUCCAUUACUAUUAUUAUUAAAGAAGUAUGAUAUAACAACACAAAUACUAUGGAAGAAAUAAAAAUGAUUGAAAUUAAAA